AUGACCAGCAAUCCCAACCCGCACUCCGCGCUGCUGGCAACAGUCCUGGCCCAGACUCUGGUCGAGUCUUUCAAUGCACUGGCCGACGAAGUGCAGGGUUUGAUCGACCGCAAGACCAUUCUCGAGCACAAGCUGCGCUUCGCACACGAGCAGUACCAAUACCUCGCCGAUAAGUAUGCUCCGGCGGCCCCAGAUAUCUCCGAGACCUUGGCCAAGCUGCAACUUCCUCCCGACAUCCACCAUCCUUCCCUGAUCAACACUCCUCACGUCCCGUUGCCCAGCAGACGCCAGUCCGACAGUGCUCAGGCCGAGCUGGCUAUCUUCAUCCGCGAGGGCCGCAAAGUCGCGCAUCAGCUCUCCGCUCUCGCCGAUGCCAGCCGGGGCAGCGGCUCGACUGGAGAGACCUUCUCCACCAACAUGACAUCCAUGUCCACCGUUUUAGAGCAGGACUUCACCGUCGAGGGCAAGAAGGGCCACUUGGGCUGCCCCUUCUCCCGGCCCGCACCGAAUGGAGACGCCGACGCCCAACCCAACGGCGAUAGCGAUGCCCAAGAUGCGACACCGGAUCAUUCAGGCGAUCCAAUAUGUGCUGCCAUGGUCGAAGAAUCAGCAUCCGGCGAGGCCACUGCUAAUGGCGCUGCCAAAUGCCCUAUACGAUUCCUUGACAAGCACUCGCCAGAAGAGAUUGCCAACUAUGUCGAGAAACACAAACAUCAGAUCCCGCGCAGCCAUGAGGUCUGUGUCCGCAGAUAUCAGAGAAACGAAGAGCAGAUACGAAAGCUAGAUGCCAAAUACGGAAACCUCGCCACGAUGAUCCAAGACCUGAGUCACCUCCAUGCUCCGAUGUUGCCGUCAGCAGAAGCUGAAGCCGGUGCCGACGUGGAGAAAGUCUCGAAUGAGCGUGUUGAAAACUGGGCUCAGGAAGUGAGUGCCAACUCGACGGACGACCCUGAGAAGAUGGAUCCUGUGCCACAGAGUGAGGACAGUGAUCUUGACCGUCAGAGUCACUUUGAUCGACCCUUGAAGGAGGUCAGAGUAGGCGAGUCACCAAGCCGGCCGUGGGGUAUCUCCGUGCCCAUCUACGAUAGAGUCUCGGGAUUUGAUGUGCAAGACGAGCGGCCUGUAUCACCGCCACCGGCACCAGUGCAGAUGCCUGGUCCUGUGCAGACACCAAAAGCUGCACCUGCUAGAAAAUGCCCUUUUGACCACACGAAGCUUACGCCGCUUAAUGGGAUGAAAGCUCCCCAUCUACCGCACCUGGAGCCCGACCCAAGCCCCCGACAGAUCCCAGAGGAUCAUGUCAUGAACCAGCCCGCUACUCCUCCAAAGCAGCAGGUUCCCCCUUACAGUUCGCCUCCACCGCAACCGACAUUUAUCAACGCUGCGGAUAUGUCCAAGACGACCGGUGGCGGUGCUCCCCAGAUUGUCUUCAAUGGCCCGGUAUUCAUUGGCUAUCCCAUGGAGCAGGCAAUCCAGUUUAUGCAGCAGUUUCAGAACCCACGGUGA